GGUCGGUUCAAUAAUCCAAGUAGUAAUCGCCAUCCAAUCCGUCACUCCCCUCUAAACUUGAGGAAACCCGAAGGUUAACUUUGGGAAGGCUGCUGGAAAGUUUUUAGCAACUCGGUGUUGUUGUUCAAUAAAAUAAUCUCUCUAAAAUGAAGGACAUGACUUCUGAAGCAACGAAGGGAGGGAAGUCUUCGGCUUGACGUGCAACACGAAAUGGACAGGACGCGCAGGUUCAUUUUAGGAAUAGUAACAGCUGUUGUCCUAUGCAAAUACUCCCAGGCUGAAUGGAAUACCACAAAGACACCAAGCGAUCACCAUGACAACAGCAACAACUGCACAGAUUCAAAUGAUGAGCACAAAUGGAGUGGCCAUUUUUCUACGUGUCCAACAGAAUACAAGCAUUACUGUAUCCAUGGUGUUUGCAGAUUUUUAAAGGAGCAGAACACUCCUUCAUGCAGAUGUGAAGCAGGAUAUAUUGGCUCUAGGUGUGACUAUCUUGAUCUUGAUUACCAUGUAGGAGAACGAAGGAAAAUUAUCAUCGGAUGUGUGGUGGCAGGAUUGAUCUUUCUGAUUCUGCUCAUCAUCUUCAUAUGUGUGUGUACACACAAAAGAUAUAAACCAUGUAGAAGAAAGAAGAGAAAAAAGCAAACAAGUGAUGAAAAUGAGAAGCUCAGUGCACUAAACGCAUGUGAAGCUUUAGCUGCUCCGUUCGACACAUCUGACACACAUGCUGUAUGAAUGAAACAGUGAAGUGAUCCUGCCAGUGACCUGAUUGUGGUGUGAAAAGAAGUUGUCCUACCGAGUGAUGAAAGCAGUGCUUUACAGUAAUCCUGAGUGGACUUUAAAUAAACUUUGAAGAAAUGGUGUAUAAGGCAACCUUUGCCAUUCUAUGUGCUACCGUUUCCUCCAUUCUUCAUACGACAAUUUAUUUUCAGACAUUUCCGAAGAAAAGUGGGAGAUGAUCUGAAUGCCUUCAGAAUGGCUGUAAUGUGAAAGCGUAUCAUAAUUCAAAUAAUUGAUAGCAUGCAAUAUGCUGAAUGCAAACAAAGUUGAUUUAUGUUGGUUUAAAUGUACAGGUCCUUCUCAAAAAAUUAGCAUAUUGUGUAUAAAGUUCAUUAUUUUCCAUAAUGUAAUGAUAAAAAUUAAUUUUUCAUAUAUUUUAGAUUCAUUGCACACCAACUGAAAUAUUUCAGGUCUUUUAUUGCUUUAAUACUGAUGAUUUUGGCAAACAGCUCAUGAAAACCCAAAAUUCCUAUCCUAUUUUGAGAAGGACCUGUAGUACUGUUUGUAUUGCAUAUGAAGAACAGAAUAUUUGGGGGGGGGGGGUUGCUAUAUCGGAUUUGACUAAAUAAGAUAUUAAGGUAAAUAAUAAUUUGUUCUAUGAUUCAAGUAGUUCUCCCGACAUUAAUGGACCAACAUUUUCUCUUUUAACUUAGAUUUAUUUAUUAACAUGUACAAACAUAUUUUUUUUUUGUUUGGUGUAUAUUUUAAAUUGUGAAAUUACCAUUAGUGAGACUUUUUGUCUUUAUUGAU